AUGCUCUCAAAAUUUCUGUGUACGGCCCAAUUAUUGCGGCCGUCUAUUAUUGCGUUAAAAGUGAACCCAGCGAGUAGAGUUUUGACGAGGAACGCGGGCCAUUACAUCCCGCCAACACAGUACGACGUACCUAUACCGCGGAGGCUUCAUUUAAGUUAUGCUCUGAGGGUGUAUUGGGAAAUCAUUCCAUUAUUUCUCGUCACUUGCACCAGUCUCGCUCUCUGCCUCUUUUCCAUCUACUGGGCUUCUAGCCAUAAAGCUGACGUAGUAUACACAACUCAUACCCGCGAAAACAUCUCCCGCACGAUGGAUCUGCGCAAUCCAGACGUGCUGAAAAUCUUCGUCAUCCACCAGCGCUACGAGCCUUGGCCUGAGAUGCAAGACGUGCUCGACAAGAUGACCUACGCGCAAAAGACCGCACUAAUGAGGGCCCGCAUCUGCAAACCUUCUUAA